CUGAUCCAAUCGAAAAUGGAAAAGCCGAAAAGAGAAGUAAUGAGCUGAACUCUUCUUCUUCCUUCCAAUCAAUCCGCCAUUAAUUUUCUCCAUUUUCACUCCUUCUCCACCCUAGAUUCUUCAGCAAUGCUGUCUCUCAAACCGCUCCCGCUGAGUCACAACCCUUCAUUCCUCCAUUCCUUAACCCCAUUCACUCCUCCGCCUUUCCCCAGAACCCAAACCCUAAAACCCUCUAAGCACGCCUCGCCUCCGUCGGCGAUUCAGUCGGCACUCCAGUGGAACAGGAAGCCCGAGCUAGCCGGCGAGACCCCGCGCGUGGUCGUCAUCACCUCCGGGAAGGGUGGCGUCGGGAAGACAACCACCACCGCCAACAUCGGCAUCUCCCUCGCCCGUCUAGGGUUUUCCGUCGUCGCCGUCGACUGCGACGUCGGCCUCCGCAAUCUCGACCUCCUCCUGGGCCUUGAGAAUCGCGUCAAUUACACGUUAGUCGAGGUCCUCAACGGCGACUGCCGACUGGACCAAGCCCUGGUCCGCGACAAGCGCUGGUCCAAUUUCGAGCUCCUCUGCAUUUCCAAGCCUCGAUCGAAGCUCCCGCUCGGAUUCGGAGGCAAAGCCCUGGUAUGGCUCGUCGACUCCCUCAAACAAAGACCAGAAGGCUGCCCGCAAUUCAUCCUCAUUGACUGUCCCGCCGGAAUUGACGCCGGGUUCAUCACGGCCAUCACACCAGCAAACGAGGCCGUGCUGGUGACGACUCCGGACAUCACCAGCCUGCGCGAUGCCGAUCGGGUGACCGGAUUGCUCGAGUGCGAUGGGAUUAGGGAUAUAAAGAUGAUUGUGAACAGGGUCAGGACUGAUAUGAUAAAGGGAGAAGAUAUGAUGUCUGUUCUGGACGUUCAGGAAAUGUUGGGGUUGGCAUUGCUAGGAGCCAUACCCGAGGAUUCGGAGGUGAUCAGGAGUACGAAUCGAGGGUACCCUCUGGUGUUGAACAAGCCCCCAACUUUGGCUGGAUUGGCAUUCGAGCAGGCGGCUUGGAGGCUUGUUGAACAGGAUAGUAUGCAGGCUGUCUUGGUUGAGGAAGAGCCCAAGAGAAGAGGGUUGUUCUCUUUCUUUGGUGGGUAGCAAUGGGUAGCAAUAGUUCCAGUAAUAAAAUGGUUAUGGAGUUAAGGAUGGAAAGCGAGGAUGGAGAUCAUUGAUGGGAUUCAAGGAGAAGCAGUGUACAGGGGAACAGUGAUGUUCUUUUUUUGAUUUUCCCCCCUCUGGGUUAUAUCCAUUGUUUGCAGUGCUAGAGUGGGGUGCUGCUAAAACUGCAGCCCUCCCUGUUUUGGUUCUUCUUUUGGUAGCUGAUUGUGGUUAUUAUUCUUUUUGUAGUAAAUUUGCAGGAUGUCUUUCUUUUGUUCUGGGUAUUGAAAGUGGAUCAUGAUUUCAACGUAGUUGAGUUAAAACUUGCCUUAUUGUUUAACCUCAUGGAGAAGGAUUAUUUGUGAACAUGGAGUACCCUCUGGCUUUAUAUUGCCGGACGAUCCAUACGAGCUGCAAUUGAUCAUCCUCAGCUUUCUCCACCCCAUGCUUAGUGGAGUUCGAAAUCCACUUUAGAGUUUUGGAUUGCAACAAAGACUUGAUUUUAUGGGGGUUAUGGGAUUCGGAUUGCCAAGAUCGGGAAUAUAGCAGAGCGUACCUGGUCUGCAAUCCGUUUCUGAAGCUGUGGACUGCUCUUUCUGUAGUGCAACCGGCUGCAAGGUUAGUUUUUGAACCCCGUAUAUUUCUAUUAGGCUUGAUCUAGGAGAUGACCAAGCAUUUUGCCUUAUUCUGAGUAUCGCUUCCAGGUGGUGUGUUUAUAUCAAGUCGAUGUACUUAACCGCCAAGCCAUAAAGCUUGACGUGUUUUGUUCCGAGUCUGGAAAAUGGACAAAGGAUGCUCUUGUCUGUGCUCAUCAUAUUAGAAGUGCACAAAAAAUUGUAAUUUCGUGCAAUGGGGAGUUGUUUUGGAAGUAUCAUGAAUUUAGUGAACCGUUUAAUGUUAAUUCAGUGGCUAGGUUUAAUCCUUUCCCCUUGAUAUACCUCCCACGUCUAUUGUCUCUUCUUCAUUGUGUAACUAUGAAGUUGAGGGCUGUUAUGAUGAGCCUUUGUCUUCUUCAGUCCGGUUGAUGGUAUGUAUAAGAAUGCCAUAUUGUGCUGCGAUUUGGGAAGGCAAGAGCUAGAGUUCUUCGCUAAGCUCGAAUGGCCUGAUGUCCAUCACCUUCAGGUGUUCCAGCCAAGGGUUUCUUGCUGGGCUACUCCAAUUCCCAGGUACGAGGGGUUGCAAGUAGCCGCUACCAAGCAGCUGUGAAGCGAUCACUCCCUCCCUCCACUCACUCUCAAUAAUUGGUAACUGCUUCUGCCUGUAAAAGUUAGAUUUUUUUUUUCUGCGUUUGCAUGUUUGUUAAGUUUAAGGAAUUAACUAAACGAGAACAAUAAUGUUACAAGUAAAGCUUUCAUAGGGGGGAAAAGUUAUCCCGCAACCUUUAUCUCAUAACAGGUAACAGGUUAAGAUGUACAGUUUUGGGCGUGCCUAACUAACUGAAGCAGCACAUACUUACAUCUCUUGUCAAUUGCUUGAGCAUUUUGUUUUGGUUGCCUACUCUUUUAAGCUACACUUCAAGAAUGUUAUCAAUGAUAAAGUUGCACAUGGACGUUGUAUGUUUUUAUCUUUCAUUUUCUCUCUAUUUUCUGGUUGCUGUUCCUAUAUUUCAUCUCAUUUCUGUUGUAGCUGGUAUAGUUGCUCCAACUGGUAGCUGUCUGUUCAUUCUGUACCAUGGUUUCUCUGUUAGUCCUUUAGGGGAUCCAGAAAAAGUUCCCCCAAUUGAUGAAAAGGUACAAACAAACACACUCAGUGUUGGAAACUGAUUUGAAUGAUGUUAGAGCUAAUAUGGCUGCUGUGAAACAGCUGAGCUUUGUUAUCCUCCUCCAGGUUAUAAGUUUUGUAGGUUGAGUUUCAUUUGUUUAAUAUAUAAUACUCGUACUUGUGGUGGAUUCUGAUUCUGUGAUCAUUAUCCUCCAUUCCCAGGCCCGGUCAAAAAUGUCUUCUGGAGGGUGGGUUGGCCAUGGAGGAAUAUUUUGGGAGACGUGGUACGGCAAUGUAAAACCGUAGCUUUAUCCUUCCAUUAUCUAUUUUCUAAAUACGCGCAUAGAUGCUUUUAGCUUGAUGGGGAAUAGUUAUCAUGCUGUAGUUGCUAGCAGCUGUAGUUCAGCAUUAAGUUCUUGUUCAUGUGGAGGCCUCCUGGCUCCUACUAUUAGUUUGGUUUGGCCUUGUUUCUUUGUGGUCUCUCUCUCCACAGUUUUUUUGCCCUCUUCAUCUUGUGGUAGCUAGGUUUUCUCUAGUAAUGGUAGAUGGGAUCUCAAAUAGGCCUUUUUAUGUUUUCCCGUGAUUUUAGGCUGCUAGUCCAUUUUCCCUCGUAGAUAAGAUUGAAAAUCUGACUUUUUGCCUGUCAUUUCUUAGGAGUUGUUUGUUUGGUAUAUUUGAACACUAUUGUGUACUAAAUGACUCAAUUGAUACAUUUGGUGCACAAGUCAUAAGACGUUUGUGAAUGGGGAAAAUGAUGAAUUCAGAGGUGAUGUGAAUUCCCUGAAUCCUUCUUCACUCUCCCUCUCUCUUGGUUUAGUUAGUUCCAUUUUAAUUUUUCUCAAUUUCAAUCGGAUCUAUGUUUCACUUGAACCCUUGUUUCAAUUUUGGACCAAUUAUGAAUCCUAGAUACUCGAUAAGCCUCGUGAUGUUGGUGGAAGAGCAUCAGAAGAGGAGAUUAUACAUCAAGGUUUUUUUUCGGAAAAAGAGCAACACUGAUGCGUACGUGGGCUUUGGAGGAUUCAUUGAUAGUAGUUGUGUUGCCCUUAAUUAAUUCCGAGUUAGUUUCAAUUAUUUAUUGUUUAGGAAUUGUAUCCAAUUACAAGUAUUUUAAAGUAGUCUUUUUUUUUUAGAGUUCACUGAUGGAAUUUCAUUGAAAUCAAGUAAUAAGUGCCUCAAGGGCUACAACAUUAGCUACCAAAGGCAAUUGACCAUUGUCAAAACAAAGUUCUUCUUCAACAGACAAAAUAUGGGCUAAAAGAUGGGCUGCAUUGUUUGUUUGCUUCCCUGUAUGUGAACAACAAUUCUCGAAUAUCCAUAUCAACCGCCUCCUUUAGAAUUUCAGAGCAAAGAGUCCCUAGUUCUGUUAUGCAUAGGAGACAGAAGAAACACACGACUAGGGCUGCAAAUGAGCCAAGCCGCUCGCGAGCAACUCGGCGUUCGAAUCGGAAAAAACUCGUUCGACACUCGACUCGUUAUUUAACAAGCCGGCUCGCGAGCCAACUCGUUAGUUAACGAGCCAAGCCUGAGCUAGACCAUGCUCAGCUUGAUAAGCUCGCGAGCUAGCUUGAUUCGGUGGCUUGUCGAGCUAAGCUCGCGAGCUGCCUUGUUUUGAGCUUGUGGAAGGAUGAAUUACUCUUUUAAACAUGAACAUUGUCUUAUAAUACAGAUGUGUAUGAAAUUUAGAUGUUAUUUCUAGUUUCUAGUGUUCUUUCUAUCAUUUAAAUUCUUAUGUUUAUACAUUUUUCCAGCAAAAAUGAUUUUAAAUCGAGCUCAUCUUGAGCCGAGCUUGUACUCAGCUUAACAAGCUAUGUUAAUGAGCAUUUAUCGAGCUCUACCGAGUCGAGCUCGAGCUAGAUUAUUUUUAUUCAAGCCGAGCUCGAGCUGGAUUAUCAAAAUUCGAGUUCGAGCCGAGCUCGAGCUGAAAAAUUAAUAAACGAGCCGAGCUCAAGCUAAGCAAAAACUCGACUCGACUCGGCUCGUUUGCAGCCCUACUGACACGACAUAAUUAGUAUUAUCCACUUUUCAUCGAAUCCCAUUUUCCUCAUAACUCGUUCAAGGAAACUCCAUUCAACACGAUCGUAGGCUUUCGCCAUAUCAAGCUUUAAAGCAAGGUAACCUUUUUCACCUUUGGUUUUCUUUUUCAUUGUGAAGAAACACUCGAAAGCCACUAUCACAUUGUCGAUGAUGGAUCUUCACGGGACAAAGGCACUCUGAGAUUCGCAGAUAAUAUCAUCCAGAAUCCCUUUCAGGCGAUUAGCAACAGUUUUUGAUAGGAUUUUAUAUAAUACAGAGCAAAGGCUGGU